UGUAGAUAUAGGUAGAUAGCGACUUUGUUUGUUCUUUCAUGAAAAACUGAAGCUUUGUACUCCGUAUACUAUACUAUACCAGGCGGCUACACGCGCUUAUACGAUGUUUUCUCUCUUUCUUUCGCUUUCUGUCAGAGUCAACAGCAACCCUUUUCUUUUCUGAAUAAUUGAGUUGGUUUGCUACAUUCAUAAUCCGCACCUCUUCCUGCCUUCGAUUCAAUAACCCCUUGCAUCUGUUUUUCACUCCGGCGUCGUUUUGAUCAGCUUCUUGGGGGGUGGUAAGAAUCUGCCCUCUUUGUCUCUCUCUCUCUUUUUGAGCUUUUUGUCAUUGGUUCAGAUUUAGACCCAUUUGUGAUUUGUUCCGCUUUUAGAAAUCUUAGGCUUCUGAGAUGAGGAAAUGGAGAUUGAAUCUUUUUCUUAAAAAGAUCGUAGCUUCUUGUUAAAGUUUGUUGUUAUUGGAGACCUGGGCAAGAGUGUGUAAUCUAAUCAUUACCCUAGGUAGCCUAAUUGUACAAAAAUGGCAGUGUUUUUGUGACAUUUGUAGGUUCUUAGGGGUUUGAUUCUUUGUUUCAAGCUUAAUUUGUUUUGCAUUCAUUCUCUUGUUCGAUAUCAAUAGUGAAAAUGUCAUCUGCCGGUGUCUCUACUCUUAGUGUGGUUCCCACUGAGCCAUUGCUCUCACCAAUGGCAUUCCCUUUUCCAAUUCCAUCACACUUGUCUUUGGAAGAUAAAUCCAUUUUCAUAUACCUCUCCUUUUCUGGCUCAUUGACUCCCAUCCGUGUUAUGGAGUGGGAUACCAUUGAAUCUGUCAAAUUCAAAAUCCAAAGGUCUGAAAGCCUUCCGUUUUUAACAAACAAGCAGAAGUUGGUUUAUGCUGGCCGAGAGCUUGCGCGAAGUGAUUCGCUGCUCAAGGACUAUGGAGUAACCGAUGGAAAUGUUUUGCAUUUGAUAAUCAAACUGUCAGAUCUUCAGGUCAUCAGUGUGAAAACUUCUUGUGGGAAGGAAUUCACGUUUCAGGUCGAACGAGGCAGGGAUGUCGGGUACAUAAAGCGGCGGAUUGCCAGAAGGGAGAAACAGUUUGAUGAUCCUGAGGAGCAGGAGCUUGUGUGCAAUGGGGAAAGGCUUGAGGACCAGAGGCUUAUUGAUGAAAUAUGCUGCAAACAUAAUGAUGCAGUGGUACAUCUGUUUGUGAGAAAAAAACAUGUUAAAGUUCAGAGGAGGCCCCUUGAGUUGUCCAUUGUAGCAAAAGAUUUGAUUAAUAAGAAAAAAAAUGAUGUCAAUGGAAAUACUAACAGGAGAAGUUAUGAUGUUGGUAAAGAAGAUACUAUUAGGAAGUCUGAUGUCAUUCAAAGAGCUGUGCCGAGGAAGCCUCCCGAUAGAGAUUUUAUUUUGGAGCCAGUUAUUAUUAACCCUAAAAUUGAAUUAGCUCCAGCUAUUUGGAAUAUGGUGAACUCUACAUAUGAUGGACUUGGCAGUGGCAAAUAUCCAAUCAGAUCUGCAGAGGGUACAGGAGGGGCUUACUUUAUGAUUGAUUCAGCGGGGCAAAAGUAUGUGUCUGUUUUUAAGCCUAUUGAUGAAGAGCCAAUGGCUCUGAAUAACCCUCGAGGUCUUCCUUUGUCAUUAGAUGGCGAAGGCUUAAAAAAGGGUACAAGAGUUGGUCAAGGAGCAUUCAGGGAAGUUGCAGCCUAUGUUCUAGACCAUCCAUUGAGUGGGCGCCGCUCGUUAUUUGGUGAUGGGAAGGGCUUUGCUGGUGUUCCCCCAACAUUGAUGGUUAAGUGCUUGCAUAAAUCAUUCAACUAUCCCAGAGAAUUUACUCCUAAGAUUGGCUCCUUGCAAAUGUUCACAGAAAAUAGUGGAAGUUGUGAAGAUAUGGGCCCGGGGGCUUUCCCAGUAAAGGAGGUACAUAAAAUUACUGUUUUGGACAUAAGACUGGCUAAUGCAGAUAGGCAUGCUGGGAAUAUUUUGAUCAGCAAAGAGGAGGACAACAACCAGUCUGUUCUGAUUCCAAUUGAUCAUGGAUACUGCCUGCCCACAAGCUUUGAAGAUUGUACCUUUGAGUGGCUUUACUGGCCUCAAGCUCGCCAGCCAUACUCCCCAGAAACUAUUGACUACAUAAAGUCACUGGAUGCUGAAGAAGAUAUUGCCCUUUUAAAGUUUCAUGGAUGGGAUCUGCCAGUUGAAUGUGCCCGCACUCUUAGGAUCUCAACCAUGCUUUUGAAGAAAGGGGUAGAGAGAGGAUUGACCCCUUUUGCCAUUGGAAACCUGAUGUGCAGAGAAUCCUUGAACAAGGAAUCUGUGAUUGAAGAAAUAGUACAAGCAGCACUGGAUUCUGUUCUUCCUGGCACAAGUGAAGCUACAUUGCUGGAUGCUGUUUCCCAAAUCAUGGACUUGCGCCUCGAUGAGAUUGUCAGAGCUCGUUUAUAAAAGCAUUGAAUUCUAGUAGCUAGUAUAUACAUGUCAGUGUGUACAUAUGUUCACGUACAUAUGUAUAGCUCAAAUAAUUGGAUUUUUAGUUCUUGACAAAGGAAAUCUACUUUCUUUGGUUGGAAUGUCAAACCAUUCUUAGCUUAACUCCCUAGGUUUUGUUUUUUGGUAGUUUCCUGCCGUUAACAAAUUCUUUCAAGAUUGUUGUUGAUAUCUUUUUUAAAUUUGAAUUGUAGUUUAACAUUCUUGUCCUGUAGUGAGUGUUGUCUUGUUUCAACAUUCUUGUUAGGAGUGUGAAAAUGGAAAUGUGGAUAAUGAAGUGGUUUUUACAGUAUGUGGAUACAAUAUAAUUAAAUGUGUUAUUUCCUA